CAGUGUUAUCGUAUUUCUUUGGAAAACAAAGCAAUUAUCGUAUCUUUUCGCGUUUUGGUCAUUGUUUAAUUUAAUUUCACUGACUAGAGUCGCGCCAUAACCGCUAAUUAUAUUUAUAUUUAUACCCCCUCCCGAUUGCUUGUUGCGCCUGUGCGGAUUUUUCUUUUGCAUGUUGAGCGACAGCGCAAAAGAAAGUUUGCACGGAGAACAACAACGCAGGUAAUUUGACCUCGCGACGAAGGAGGAGCACAUCGAGAUGCAGAACUACGGCUCCGGGGCGGCGGCGGCGGCGGCAGCAGCCGCGGCUCCGGCCGUAAAACGCCGUACCGACAGCUACGAGGCUGCCCAGCACCACCCGCAGUCGCCAGAGAGCGACGAGGAGUACGUAAACACAAGGGUUUUGCGGCGGCAGGUGCAGCUGCAGUCCACCCCGGUGGCCCCAGUGGUGCCCAUGCCCAUGCCUAUGCCCAACACUAGUGCCCCCUCUUCCGUGGAAGGUCAUGUCGAGCAGCCAGAGUUUCCAGGUUCUUCAGCCGCAUCAUACCAAGAAGAACGGAUGCGCCGGAAGCUGCAGUUCUUCUUCAUGAAUCCCAUCGAGAAGUGGCAGGCCAAGCGGAAGUUUCCGUACAAGUUCGUGGUGCAGAUUGUAAAGAUCUUUUUGGUGACGAUGCAGCUGUGCCUUUUCGCUCACUCGCGCUAUAAUCACAUUAACUAUACGGGUGAUAACCGAUUUGCCUUCUCGCACCUGUUCCUGCGGGGCUGGGAUUCGUCCCGCGAGGUAGAGAGCUAUCCGCCGGCGGUAGGUCCCUUCGCUCUCUACCUGAAAUCGGAAUUCUUCGAUACCGUGCAGUAUGCGGUCGAUGGGUAUGGUAAUGUUAGCCGAUCGAUAGGACCGUAUGACUACCCAACGCCCAACAACACGAUGCCGCCCCUGAAGCUGUGUCUGCAGAAUUAUCGGGAGGGCACUAUAUUCGGGUUCAACGAGUCAUACAUCUUUGAUCCGCAUAUCGACGAAGUGUGCGAAUCUCUGCCUCCGAACGUUACCUCAAUUGGGGUGGAGAAUUAUCUACGGCAGCGCGGCGUGGAGGUCAAUUUCGCAUCGCUCGUCUCCGCUCAGUUGACGUUCAAGAUUAAGACAGUGAAUUUCAAGGCUAACGGUGGACCACUCUCAGCUCCGGAUUGCUUUCGGUUCGACAUAGCCAUAAUGUUCAAUAACCGAGACCAUGAUGGUCAGAUGCUGCUCUCGCUGGAUGCGGAGGCGACGCGAUUAAAGUGCCACGGCGCCACCGAUUUCAUUUCGGAGGCGAACUUUGAUUCCAUGCUGCGCAGCGUCCUCAAUAUAUUUGUCCUACUAACCUGCGCACUGUCCUUUGCGCUCUGUACACGAGCCUUGUGGAGAGCUUAUCUACUGAGAUGUACAACCGUCAACUUCUUCCGGUCGCAUUUCGGCAAGGAGCUGAGCUUCGAUGGUCGCCUUGAGUUUGUGAACUUUUGGUACAUCAUGAUCAUUUUCAACGACGUCCUCCUGAUCAUUGGAUCCGCUUUGAAAGAGCAGAUCGAGGGAAGGUACAUGGUGGUAGACCAAUGGGAUACCUGUUCGCUCUUCCUGGGCAUCGGUAAUCUACUGGUUUGGUUUGGAGUAUUGCGCUACCUGGGCUUCUUUAAAACCUACAAUGUCGUGAUACUGACGCUGAAGAAGGCGGCACCUAAGAUUCUGAGAUUCCUUAUCGCUGCCCUGUUGAUCUACGCUGGAUUCGUUUUCUGCGGCUGGCUGAUUCUGGGACCAUACCAUAUGAAGUUUCGUUCGUUGGCCACGACGUCGGAAUGUUUGUUCGCCCUCAUCAACGGCGACGAUAUGUUCGCCACCUUCGCCACACUGUCCAGCAAGGCCACCUGGCUCUGGUGGUUCUGCCAGAUAUACUUGUACUCGUUCAUAUCUCUGUACAUUUACGUGGUGCUGUCGCUGUUCAUUGCAGUUAUCAUGGAUGCCUACGACACCAUUAAGGCGUAUUACAAGGACGGCUUUCCCACCACCGACCUAAAGGCGUUUGUUGGCACCCGCACGGCGGAGGAUAUUAGUUCCGGGGUCUUUAUGACCGACCUGGAUGACUUUGAUCAAACCAGCUUCGUCGAUGUCAUGAGGAACAUUUGCUGCUGCUGUCGACGCUGCAGGCCUGAGCAGGAUCCGGUCCAGGCUAAUAGCGGCUACACCAGCCUCUCAAGUAUUAUGAAGUAAUUGGUUAACUACAGGUCGUUCUGUUUUUGUUUUGUUUUUUCGUCAGCUUUAUGUGUGUGUAGUCGUCGAACAUGUUGUUAGCUUUUUGUAUUAAUGUUUGUUAGUUUGCCAAAGCACGUGAACCGAGCAACCCCACAGUGGACGUAUGUACGUACCUAUGAGAAAUUCCAAAAGCAUCUGCUUAGAUCACAACAAUUCGCGGGCUUUUGACGCUUUUCACUUUCACAUUGUUUAUAUUGCGCCUUGAAUUGACUACCUAAUUCAUCAAUGCUUUGAUAAAUAUACGGAAAAUAUUA